CGGGUGGUGGUCUGGUUCCGCAACGACCUCCGUCUGCAGGACAACUACGCGGUGAAGCAGGCGGAGUCCAUCGCCACGCGAACCGCGGGAUGCGACGUCCUCCCCCUGUACGUCUUCGACCCUCGCACGUUCGCGCCCAGCUCGUGGGGAUCGCCCAAGUGCGGCGGCCACCGAGGCAGGUUCCAGCUCGAGUCCGUGCUGAACCUGAAGAGGAACCUUCGCGCCAUCGGAUCCGACCUCCUCGUCGCGGUGGGCAAGCCCGAGGAGGUUAUCCCGAAGUAUCUCCUCGACGCUCCGGGCGCCAAGAACGAGGAGGUUUGCAGCGAGGAGCUCAGGGUGGAUGCCAAGGUCAAAUCCGCUGUCAAGAGCGCGGGCAACCUGAACAGGCUGGAUAAGAUCUGGGGCAGCACCCUCUACCACAAGGACGACCUCCCGUUCAGAUCCGACGCGUCCGACCUCCCGGACGUCUUCACCCCAUUUAGAAACAAGGUUGAGUCAAAGUCCGAACCGCGCGAGCCGGUCCCGCCCCCCGCCAAGGGCGCGCUUCCCGUGCCCUCGGACAUGACGGAAGCCUUCGCGUUCGAGCCGACGGUCGCGGACCUGCCGUUCGCGAACGAGGAUGAGCGCGCCAUCGCGGCGGCGGGUGCGCACCCCGACGGCGUCCUCCCCUUCGAGGGUGGCGAGUCCGCGGCGCUCGCCAGGGUUCGGUACUACGUCUGGGAGAGCGAGAAGAUCGCCACGUACUUCGAGACGCGCAACGGCAUGCUCGGCGGGGAUUACUCGUCCAAGCUGGCGCCGUGGCUCGCGCACGGAUGCGUGUCGCCGCGGCAGGUUGUCGCCGAGGUUCGCAAGUUUGAGUCGCAGCGCGUGGAGAACAAGUCAACGUACUGGCUCAUCUUCGAGCUCAUCUGGAGGGAUUUUUUUAAGUUCUUCGCGCUCAAGCACGGUAACGCCAUCUUCUUCUCCGAGGGCACCGCGGGCGGCAAGAUGGGCGGCGCCGGGUACAAAGGCGGCGCCGGCCCGUGGCGCGACGACCCCGCCGCGCUCGCCGCGUGGAAGGAGGGCAAGACCGGAUACCCGCUGGUGGACGCCAACAUGCGCGAGCUGGCCGCGACGGGAUUCAUGUCCAACCGAGGCAGACAGAACGUCGCGUCCUGGCUCGCGCUCGACGCCGGGGUGGACUGGAGGCUCGGCGCCGAGUGGUUCGAGAACAAGCUCCUGGACUACGACUGCUCCGCCAACUGGGGUAACUGGGUCGCCGCCGCCGGGAUGACUGGCGGCCGCGUCAACAAGUUCAACAUCGCGAAGCAGACCAAGGACUACGACCCCGAGGGUGAGUACAUCAAGUACUGGGUCCCCGAGCUCAGGAAAGUCCCGGCGAAGUACAUCGCCGAGCCCAGGCAGAUGCCCGGCGACGUCGCGCAAAGCGCCGGAUGCGUCAUCGGCGUUGAUUAUCCCGCCCCG